UGGAAAUGAAUCCAAUAGUUGUGGAGACGUUAAACGCGAUUCACAGAAUAAUUAAAACAAGUCAUAAGUGUUUUGCCAAAACCUGCCUCAUCAGAUGCCUUCUCGAAGUAGAUGUGUCUCGUACAGAAUUGUGUCGUGCCUGACAACUCUAUGCCUGUUUGCCAAUUUACUAGUGACGACAAGGGGUAGAAAAGUUUUUUUACCAAGAAAUGUGGUACCAGAACAUUACAAUUUGGAAAUAAUAACGCAUUUAGCAGAUGAUGAAAGCAAGAAAUUCACUUUUGAAGGAAAAGAGAAUAUACUGAUAAAUUGCACAGAAAUAACAGAAACCAUAAUAGUUCAAUCAGUGGAAAUAACGAUUGAAGAAAUAACAAUCGAACACAAAGAAGAACAAAAUGUCGGUGUAAAACAGUGGCUCUUAGAUAAGAAAAGUGAAACUCUGAUUAUCAAAUUAGAUACUUCUUUAACGGCAGGCUCUCGCUAUAAUCUUGGCAUAAAAUUUUCCGGAAAUAUUAACGACGAACUGUUAGGAUAUUAUAGAAGCAGUUACGUCGAUAGCAGAACGAACCAAACGCGAUGGUUGGCUGUGACGCAAUUUGAACCAACGUCUGCCAGAAGGGCAUUCCCAUGUUUUGAUGAACCAAGUUUUAAAGCUACAUUCCAAAUAAGUAUUGGAAGAAUGGAGAAAUACACUUCUAUAAGUAACGCACCGCUUGAGAAAACUGAACCUAUGAACGAUAGGAAAGGUUGGUUUUGGGAUAGAUUCGGAAAAACUGUAAAAAUGUCAACAUACCUGGUAGCUUACGUUGUGUCUGACUUUAAAUUUACUACAGCCACCCCAAUUCACAACACCACAAUCAGAGUCUGGUCAAGAGAGGAUGCAAUCAAUCAGACUGCAUUUCCAGGACAAAUUGGGGCAACAGUGUUAGCAUCAUUUGAAGAUUUUUUAAACGUUUCAUUUCCAUUUCCAAAACAAGACAUGAUAGCUAUACCAGAUUUCAAAGCUGGCGCUAUGGAAAACUGGGGAUUGAUAACCUUCAGAGAAAGUUUGCUGCUAUUCGAUUCGAACUUUUCUUCACUUUCUAAUAAAAUGGCCAUUGCGACGAUUGUUGCUCACGAAAUGGCGCACCAAUGGUUUGGAAAUUUAGUUACCAUAAAAUGGUGGUCGGAUCUGUGGCUGAAUGAAGGUUUCGCUACUUACAUGGCAAGCGCUGUAAUCAAUCAUAUUUAUCCUGAAUGGAAUUUAUUUGAUGAAAUGACAGUGGUCAAUAUGCAAUCGGUAUAUUCAGUCGAUUCACUACGAGGUUCACACCCGGUUUAUCUACCUGUCAAAACGCCUACCGAAAUAAAUGCCAUGUUUGACACAAUAACGUAUAAUAAGGGAGCCUACAUUUUGUUUAUGAUUAACAGCUUUUUGGGGGAGGAAGCAUCCCAAGCAGGACUUAUCAAGUAUGUGUUAAAACACAUGUACGAAAACGUUGAGCAAGAUGAUUUUUUUGAAUCACUCACAAUUGAAUCUCAUAAAAGUGGCGCACUUGAAAAAAAGUUGAACGUCAAGACUAUAAUGGAUACUUGGACCCUGCAAGCAGGAUUUCCGGUUUUAACAGUUAACAGAAGUUAUGAAAACAAUUCGGUAAAAGUAACUCAGAAACGAUACUACCGAAAUCCAGAUGCUUCAGUCACCAAUGAGUGCUGGUGGAUACCAUUGAGUUAUACAAAUCAACGUGAAAAAGAUUUCGUAAGUACGCUGCCAAAAGAUUGGUUGGCUUGCCCAAAAUGUGCAAAAACUAUAAAUAAUAUCGCCAAUGAAAGCGAGUGGAUUUUAUUUAAUAUAAGAGGGGCAGGCUUGUACAUGGUAAAUUAUGACAACAGAAAUUGGGAGAUGCUGGUUUCAACAUUAAAUGGUGAUUCGUACAGGGACAUACCUAUUAUUAAUCGAGUUCAGCUUAUUGAAGACUCUGCCAAUUUAGCAGCUGUUUCAAAAACAAACUACGAAUAUUUCUUCGGAAUUUUGCAGUACUUGAAAAACGAAUUUCAGUAUCUUCCUUGGAAAGCAGCGGCAGUACACAUUCGUUAUUUGCACAUUAUGCUACGUUACACUUCAAUAAAUGGAUCUUUUGAGAAGUUCGUUAGGAACAUAUUAGAGGCAAUAAUUGAAAAAACGAAAACUAGAAAAGUAAAUCCAUCAGAUACGAAGAACGUAAAAUUUUUAACUUUAUUUGGUUCACUCUCCUGUGAAUAUAAUGUGAGAAGUUGUAGAGCCCGUGCGGAAAACUUUUUGCAAAAUUAUAUGAAACAUCCCGACACUAAGUUCAGCAACUUUUCCAACGACAUGCACGAAUUGGCUUUAUGCUAUGGAGUGCAGAGAGGUGAUGAGGCAGAGUGGAACUUUUUAUGGGAAAAAUAUACAAAUACAAAUAUUGCCAGCGAAAAGCAUAUAAUACUGAAAGCUUUGGGUUGCACCAGGAUUAUAUGGUUACUGCAACGUUAUUUGGAAUGGUCUAUUGAAGACGAUAGCGGUAUAAGAAGCCAUGAUCGAAUAACAGUAUUUCGUGCAGUUGCUCACAAUGACAUAGGAUAUAUAUUUGCCAAAUUGUUCUUCGAAGAUCACUUUGAGGAAAUAUACGAGGGGUAUAAUAUUAUCAUCAUCAUCAUCAUAAGGUUAUCAGUCCUAAGACUGAUUGGACACGUACCUCGAGUCCGUAACUACCGAGGAUUACUACGGUUAGAGAACUCGAAUGGAGUUAUGGUUCGCCCUUCAGCAUUAUCCUUCUUAUUUGGUUUGUUAUUGAUGGCAACUGGUACAAGAAUAGGUCACUUAUCAAGGAAUGUGAUACCAAAAAACUACAAUUUAGAAAUAGUAACACAUCUAGAUGAUGACAAAAAUUUGAUGUUCGUAUUUGAAGGAAAGGUCAAUAUAAAGAUAAAAUGCCUGAAUUCAACUGAUAAAAUAAUUCUAAACGUUUUGAAUUUGACAAUACACCAAGGUGUCACCUUUAAUUAUAUUGGAGGUGACCAGUAUUCUGUUUAUGUUGUGGAAUGGUGUUUAUACCCGGAAAACGAAACCAUGAGUAUCAAAUUAAAUAAACCCUUAACGCCAGGAAGUACCUACAAUCUUAAAAUCCGAUUUACCGGAAAUCUCAGUUACUACUAUAGAGGAUAUUAUAGAGAUUAUUACAACAAUUCGACGAGAAAGAAAAAGAAAUGGAUGGCAUUUACGAACUUUCAACCAACGGAUGCCAGAAGGGCAUUUCCAUGUUUUGACGAACCGAACUUUAAAGCUACUUUUGAAAUAAGUCUCGGGAGGUUGAGAAAAUACAACACUUUAAGCAACAUGCCUCUCGAAAGAACCGAACCCAUGAAGGAUCGAGAGGGCUGGGUUUGGGAUAGAUUCCAAAAAUCAGUACGAAUGUCGACAUACCUUGUGGCUUUCGUUGUGUCUGAAUACAAACCUUUGGUCGCUCCAAAAGCCCCUACCAAUAAUGUGAUAUUCAAAAUUUGGCAUUCGGAUCACGAAAACAAUCUAACCAGCUUAGCAGCGAAUACGGCCUCAAAAGGGUUAGAAUUCUUCGAACAGUACCUUAAUAUCAAAUACGUUCUUCCAAAACUAGAUAUGGUAUCUGUAAACCGAUUUCCGGCUGGUGCUAUGGAGAAUUGGGGACUUAUAAUCAUCUUACACCAUUAUCUUCUUUAUGAUCCCAAUUCGUUAUCGCAUUCAAAAGAAACAGCCAUUACGAGCGUUAUUUUCCACGAGCUAGCUCACCAAUGGUUUGGAAAUUUAGUUACAAUAAAGUGGUGGAGUGAUAUAUGGCUUAAUGAAGGUUUUGCCACUUUCAUGGCAGCAUUAGCAGUUCAUCAUCUUUAUCCUGAAUGGGAUUCGCUUAAUGAAGAAAGAAUAAAUGAUGUUUCAAUGAUAUUUUCUAUCGAUUGUCUAAACAGUUCACGGCCGGUCUCUUCACCAGUUAGAACACCUCAAGAAAUACUGGAUAAUUUUGACAGAUUGGUGUAUCAAAAAGGCUCUUGUCUGGUGAACAUGAUGUUUCACUUCCUAGGAGAGGAAACGUUUAAAAAAGGAAUAACUAAAUAUUUGGAAGAAAACAAAUUCAAAAAUGUUGAACAAGAUGAUCUCUUUCAAUUUCUGACAAAUGAAGGUCAUAUAAGCGGCACACUUGCAAGACAAUUCAAUGUCAAAACUAUAAUGGACACAUGGACCCUUCAAGCAGGAUAUCCUGUUAUAACAGUUAAUAGAAGUUAUGAAGACAAUUCAACAAAAAUAACUCAGGAGCGAUUUUACCAAGAUAAAAGUAUUUCACCAACAAAUGAAUGUUGGUGGAUACCCUUGACUUAUACAAAUCAACGCAAAAAAAGAUUUGGUAAGACACGUACACGUAGAAAGGAUUGGUUAUCCUGUCCACCAAACACGAAGAUUAUUAAGAACAUUGCGACAAAAAAUGAAUGGGUAAUUUUCAAUAUUCGGAUGGUAGGUUUGUAUAGAGUGAAUUACGACGACCGAAAUUGGGAAAUGUUACAAUCUACGUUAAAUAGUGAAUCAUACAACGACAUACCUGUUUUAAAUAGAUUUCUGUUAAUCGAUGACUCUGAAAGUAUGGCAGCUUUAGGCAAAAUAAGUUACAAGAUUUUCUUUGGAAUAUUACGGUAUUUAGACAGGGAAACAGAUUAUCUUCUGUGGGAAGAAGUAUGGAAGAUCACAACUCGUUUUGAAAUUGUCUUACGUAACACCACCGCAUUGGAAGUAUAUCGCGAAUUUAUGAAGGGCCUAUUAGAGCCGAUAGCGGAAAAGAUAAAAGCGAUAACAGUUGAGGGACAAGAACCAGGAGAUUUCAAGAAACUGAAAUUGAAAGAAGUUGUUUUAAAACUUGCAUGCCAUUUUAAAGCAAGCGCCUGUGUGCCAGACGUAGGACAAAUGUUCAGAGAGCACGUUAAAAGUCCCCGAGUUAAAACCAUAGCGCAGGAGCUUCGGUCAGUGGUGUAUUGUAACGGAAUGAAAAAUGCUGGUGACAACGAAUGGAACUUCUUAUGGAGCAAAUACAAACAAACAGACGCAAUUAACGAGAAAGACGAAAUUUUAGAGUCAUUAGGAUGCAGUGAGAAUCCCUCCUUAUUGCAACGCUACUUGCAAGUAAUUGUUGAUGAAAGAUCUGGUCUAAGGAAAGGCGACAGUUCAAAAGUAUUUAAUGCAGUUGCCAGAAACGAAAUGGGAUAUCAAAUUGCCAAAUCAUUUUUUCAAACCAACGUUCAAAAGAUCUUCGAGAGUUCCAAAUUCAACGUUAAAGAGUUUUCAGCCUUUCUGUUUAUAAUCAGCGAGUCCGUAACUACCGAGGAGGAAUACGAAGAGUUCAAGCUAUUCAUCUAUCAACAUAAUAAAAUAUUCUCCAAAUUAAGAACUGAUGUAAACCGAGCGUUGGAGAAAGCCAAGUACCACAUUCAAUGGAGGAAACUGCAUCUGCAUCGUAUUGAACAAUAUUUAAAGCAACCAUAAUUAAAAAUAUUGUAUAAUUAGAUAUUACAUCCAAUAAUCUGCCUGCAGGACUUAUUUUUGUGUUAUAUUAUUCAUUUAAGAAAGUUUUUGUAUUUAUUGCAAAACUAAUGAAUAUGUGAAAUUUUCAUCUUAAAAAAAAUGUAAUUUUUUGUCAGUUUCAGACAAAUAUUUUCCUGCUCUGUAAAAUAAGGAAUUAAACUGUAUGUUUAACUAUAAUUUUCAAAAUAUUGUCUUUAGAGACAUUUUGCAGUAAAAAUAGUUACCACUAACUUUUCAAAACAAUUUUGCAACUAUAAAAAUUGUACUUAUUUAAUGAAUACAUAUCCUCAAAUACAACAAAAUAUAUUCAUCAUAAAAAGAAGAAUCCAAGAAUUGUAAUAUAAAUAAAUUUUAAUUUUGCCAGUAAAACCGACUAAGGUGGAAUUUUUUAUUUGUUAA